UUAUAAUACAUUAUAUAGAGGAUGUCCCAACAUCUAUCAACGUUUCAUCGGUGUUGAUCAAGCCCUUAUUAAUUUCUUUGUUUUGUUAUCAAACUGUGUGGUCAGUCUUUUAAAGCCACAAGCACAUAUUGUACAUCCUCAAUUUUAACAGUCGAUAGUUUGCAAAAUUUUUAAGUCAUUUAAGCGCGGGUAAAUGUCUACUGAGUGCUGACAGCGCCACGUGCGGUUUCGCGAGUCAUUACGAGUGGCUUGCAAACGACUUCAAUCCAUUGGCCGCCAUUGUCACUAGAAUUUUCGUGUAUGUGCAAAAAAUCCAUUCGGAGGCCCUUUUAGGAGUUUUUUCCGCAUAAAUUUGUGCCUCCGGAAGCGUCUUGGGGCGCGCACUGUGGCGAUUGUUACGUGGAGUGUGAAGUGCCGUCGGUGGCGAGUGGACAAUGAAUAGCAAAUCGGAUGUAAAUAGGCGUGUUUUAGUGAUACAGGCUAAGAAGAAACGUCAUAAGCCCAAUAAGAAGAAAGCCAAGGGGCAGGUGGAGGAUUUCGGUGGUGAGAGUAACACAGGGGCACCUCAGGGAGCGGACAGGGCGUCCCCGGUGGAGACUGAUCUGGCCACAGCCUCACCGGAUACCGUGUCCACGUUCAACCAUCAUGCCGAGCCGUCGCACAGCUCCUCGAAUGAGACAAUCGAGGACUUCGACAAGAUGUACACGAGCGAGGAGGAGGAGCAGGAGAGCCGAGAGGACUACUGCAAGGGUGGCUAUCAUCCCGUGAAGAUUGGCGACCUCUUCCAGGAGCGCUACCACGUGACGCGGAAGCUAGGUUGGGGCCACUUUUCCACCGUGUGGCUAUGCUGGGACCUCAAGGAUAAGCGCUAUGUGGCCCUGAAAAUCGUCAAGUCGGCGCCACACUUUACGGAAACCGCCAAGGAUGAGAUCAAGAUCCUGAAGGCGGUGCGCGACUCCGACCCUGCCGAUCCUUUCCGCAACAAGACAGUGCAACUGCUCAAUGACUUCAAAAUCAGCGGCGUGAAUGGAACGCACAUCUGCAUGGUGUUCGAAGUGCUGGGCCACAACUUGUUGAAGCUCAUCCUCAAGUCCAACUAUCGUGGCAUCCCGCUGCCCAACGUGAAGGCCAUCAUUCGACAGGUGCUGCAGGGGUUGGACUAUCUGCAUCGCAAGUGCAAGAUCAUCCACACGGACAUCAAGCCGGAGAAUGUACUUAUCUGCGUGGACGACGCAUACAUCCGGAAGUUGGCGUGCGAGGCGACGGAGCUGCACGCGAUGGGUCUCAAGUUGCCCUACUCGCUCAUCUCCACGGCGCCUCAGCAGUACCAAGAGCCUCCGAUCACUGGAAAGCUGAGCAAGAACAAGAAGAAGAAGCUGAAGAAGAAGGCCAAGCGACAGAGUGAACUCAUACGGAAGCAGAUGGAGCAAUUGCAUGAGAUGGAGGCCAUCAGCGAGGAGGUGAAGCCCGAUGAUGCCGAGGAGGACAACAAAGCCCAAGUGACUGACAUUAAGGAUGAAUCUCCGCCAAUCGUGUCGACCGACGAGUCAGCGUCCCUCAUGAAUGGUCGCGCGUCCACUGAAGAAGCGCUCGCGAGUGACGAGAGGGGCGACGACGAGGAGACAACGCCCACGGAGAAGGGUGAGGAGUAUCUGGAGGCUGGCGGCGGCGAGGCGGAGGACGAUAAUGAGGCGCCGAAGGUGGCCAAAGAUCAGCUGGAUCCGGCGUUCGAUGUGUGUGAUAUUGAAGUGAAGAUCGCGGAUUUGGGCAAUGCGUGCUACGUGACCAAGCACUUCACGGAGGACAUUCAGACGCGCCAAUACAGGUCCAUCGAGGUGAUUCUGGGCUGCGGCUAUGACACCUCGGCGGACAUCUGGAGCACAGCAUGCAUGGCGUUCGAGCUGGCCACGGGCGAUUACCUGUUUGAGCCACACUCCGGGCAGAAUUACUGCCGCGACGAGGACCAUAUCGCCCACAUGAUCGAGCUGCUGGGCCCGAUUCCGCAGAAGCUGGUGUUCGGCGGCUCCAUGUCGCAGGUGAUCUUCAACAAGAAGGGCGAGCUGAAGCACAUUACGGGACUGAAGCCGUGGGGACUCGUGGCCGUGCUGACUGAGAAGUACGAGUUUAACUACGAGGACGCCUACAAGUUUGCAGACUUCCUGCUGCCGAUGCUGGAGUAUGACAGGGAGAAGCGCGCCUCGGCGCAGCAGUGUCUUCAGCAUCCUUGGCUUCAAUCACCGUGAAGGUAUCUUUUUAUAAUGACACUGACACAUAGAGAAAUGAGAAUUAGUUGACUAUCUGCGAAUUGAAAUUAUGAGAUGAAAGACAUUUGAAUGGAGAAAAGAAAUUAGGAGAGUUAAAUGUUGUUUUAUAUAAAUUAUCAGAGAAAUCAAUAGGAUUUUCUUUCAUCUUCAAAUUCAUAAACUCUUCGUUGUGCAAAACACACAGGAAAAUUUGCAAUUGACAUGAAUGUUGAUCAUGUUUUAGUUAGUAUCUUUCAAAUAUAAUUUCCUAUUUUUUUCUUUCAUUUAUUAUGAGUCUGUAAAUUGUGCUGGACGUUUUCUGAUGCCUUCUAGGAAUCUGUGUAAGUUCUCAAGUCGAUUGCAAAUUGAAUAUAUAUGGUAAUAUCCACAUAAUGUAUAAUGUUAUACGAUGAAUCUACUGAAAUGUUUUUUUUCUUUGGCUUUGAUACUGUCAGCAUGAUGAAAACUGAAAAGUUAAAUAUUUUCAGGACCAAGGUUAUUAAGUGCAACCUUGUUCUCUGAAUGUCCUAGGGUGGCACACUAGGACGCUUGUUAAAGCGGACAUCUUAAUAUUUUGACAGAUGUGUGACUGAAAAAUACUUUAUGUGGAUAUUACAGUUGAACUUGAACAUCUUGUAAUUUUGUCUUAAAAUCAAAUUGCCCCAAUAAGAAGCUGCAAGUAAUUUUGAUUAAUUCCCUGUUUCGAUCGAAAGAUUUGUAAAGCCCAGAAAAUCCUGUGUUUUCUGAUAAAGAAUGCGCUUAAAAUGAGCUGCUCACCUCGUGCAUAAUUUUGCUGAGAUAAAUGAGAUGCGAUGAAGUUAUUAGAGAAGGGAGAAAUACUGUAUAUAUGAUAUUUCAGAUUUGUAUGCGUAAUUUCAUAUUUAAAGAAGAAAAGAAAUGAGAAAUAAGUGAAAUAAUAGAGAAUAUGAUAUAAGACAGUGUUUAGGGUAACAGGAGAUCCCCAAAAAAUGCUUCGUGAAGAUAUUGAAACCCGCCAGAGUGCACUGAAAAAAUAUCCUGAACCCUAAGCAUAGAUGAAAUUAUUGUGAGAGCAACAAUAAGAUGAUUUUUUUUUCAAUAAAUGUGACGUUCAUUUGAGUUUAUUUGUUGAGAGAAAGAGGCUUUCAAGCAGUUUCCGCGAGAAAGUCUCUGAGUUUAUCUGACAACUUUAUAGAACAAGAGAAGUUAUGUGAGAGAAGAGCGUCGAAUACGCAAUUCAGGCGGUUGAAGAGUAUAUUUAGGAGAAGAGGAGAGUAAAUAUAAUGGAAUAUUGCUGUAGCGUGGAAGAUGCAAAGAAUUGGUGAGAUGUGACGAUUGAAUGCACGUAAAAUCUUCCAUCCAAAUACACACAACAACUUCACAAAGUGGAUGUUAACUGCAGAGUUGAUGUAUUUUGAGUUUAAAACUUACCCUCUAAGUUUAGGAGUGCUUAAUGGUAUGAAUUACAUAUGUCCUUAACUCACCGCGAAAACCAAUGAUUUGUUUCUACUUACGAUUGUUUUUUUUUUUGAGAAAAAAGAGCACUUUUAAGGCGAGAGAAGACUGAAAAGAAUUAUAUCGUUUUUGCCCCUGAUUCUGUCCUGCAAACUGGAUGGUAGAUGUUACACGACCCCAGAACAAUAAAUCAAUCAAUUCUAUAAAUAAAUAAAGUCCUCAAUGAUGAUGAUUGUAGUGAAGCCCAGGUGAAGAAUUGUUAAAUGAUUCAAGAAAGAAAGAAAAAAAAACUCCAUAGUAUCUUUGUAUAAAAUACUCAUAAAUAGAUGGUAAAUAUUGGAAGGAAAGAGUAAAGAUGCGCGGUAGUGAUGAGAAUAUUUGUGAAUGGAGAAUGUAGAUUUUCUCGAGUGACGCGACUCCCCUUUUAAUGGAAGAAAAAGUAUUCACCUCUCUCAAACUACAUGCAGAAAUAUUCAAACAUGAUAAUUUCAUCAUUAUUGAGAAAGAAACAAACUGAUAUCCAAUAAAAUCAUCCA